AUGCCCAGUGGAGCAAACUUAAAAUUAAAAACUGAAAGUAACACGAGAGAAGUGAAACGAAGCAUGAAGCUUGAUUGUAAUGCUGCUUUUUUACAAGGAAAUAAUUACGAGACGUUGACAAAAUUAUUCAAUAAUUCAGCAAUGAACUGCUUUUAUUUUACAGUGAUCCAAACUGAUAUCUCGACAGCCAGCAACAAAUAUAAGUAA